AUGCCAUUUUCUUCUUCCAAGCAUUUGGCUAUUGAUUUGAGAAAUGACUGGCUUCCUCCAUUUAGCAAUCUAAAUUAUUUGAGACUGGAUUGCAAUCAGAUAGGCCCAUCAUUUCCUUCCUGGAUCCAAUCUCAAAAAGAAAUUGCUUAUCUCAGCCUCGUCGAUGUUGGUAUUGCGGAUACAAUUCCAAUUGGGUUUUGGAUAGCUUGCUCAAAAAUCACGUAUUUGGAUUUGAGCAAAAACAAACUCAGAGGGCAGAUCCCACACAUUAUUGUUUUCCCCAGUGCAUUUUACAUCAAUCUAGGUUACAACAAUCUCGAUGGUCCACUUCCAAUUUUUCCAACUACUUCAGUCACGCUCUUUCUUGAAUAUAAUUUCUUCUCUGGACCACUUCCUCAAAACAUUGAUCAGCUUACACUUGGGUUAUUGUACUUGGAUAUGUCUUUAAACUCCAUUGAAGGUAGUCUAACCCCUUCCAUAUCUAAAAUAAAGUCGCUUACAGUGCUUGCUUUGAAGAACAAUAAAUUGUCUGGACAACUACCACAGAACUGGACAGAUUUGCCAUCUUUGAGAGUGUUUGAUGUCACAAACAACAAUUUAUCUGGCAAGGUUCCUGCAUCAUUAGGUUUCUUAAGUUCAUUACGAUUACUCUCACUAGGAAACAACUUCAUUGGGAAGCUCCCACCUUCAUUGGGAAGCUCCCACCUUCAUUGGGAAAUUGUUCAAAGCUGA